AUGGCCUCGAGAUCGAUAUCCACCGACAAGUCCAGAACUUACAGCACCUCCAACUCGUUCAGCUUGACCGUGCUCAUCUCUGGCUCAGGGACGAACCUCCAAGCUCUGAUUGACGCUUGCGGCCAAGCUCCUCCUUCCAAAGACAAACCAGCUCCUCGACGGCUGCUCCCCAAUGCUGAAAUAUCACAUGUCAUCUGCAAUCGUCGUGAAGCCAAAGGCAUUGCUCGCGCCCAAGAUGCUCACAUUCCGGUGACAUACCACAACCUGCUCGCAUACAAGAAGAAAUUCCCGGACACGGAGGCCGGGGUCACUGCUGCUCGGAACCAGUACGACACCGACCUAGCCCAGAAGAUCCUCACGCACAUCCCUUGUCCGGACCUGGUGGUCUGUGCAGGCUUUAUGCACAUCCUGUCUCCGGUGUUCAUCAACGCUCUAGCCUCCGCCAAUGUGCCCAUUAUCAACCUCCAUCCAGCAUUGCCAGGGCAGUUCGACGGGGCAAAUGCCAUCGGACGUGCUUAUGAGGCAUUUCAAAGAGGAGAGAUCUCGAAUACUGGCGUCAUGGUCCACUACGUGACUGCUGAGGUAGAUCGCGGGGCACCUGUCCUGGUGCGGGAAGUCGAGAUUAAACCUGGGGAGUCGCAGAGCGAUCUGGAAGAGAGAAUACAUGAGACAGAAUGGAAGCUGAUUGUCGAUGCUACAAGUCGGGUGUUGGCAGAUUUGGAGGAGAAGCGCAGGCAGGAGAGUUGA